AUGAGGAAUGAGUAUGAGGUACCAGAAGUAGAGGAGAGAAGACAAGAGAAGAGAAGAGAAGAAGAGAGCAGAGCAGAAGAGAAGACUGUAGUGGAGAGGACAGGAGAGGAGAGAAGAGAAGAGAAGAGAAAGAAGAGAAGGGGCCAGAAUGACACCGUUCAUGUGUUACUCAUUGUUUUGCCGAAAGUGGUAGUAGGCGCAAUGGUGUUAACUACGUAUUUACUAAACGACGAAGGUGUAGUGGUAGGCGUUCUAGAACGUCAGAUGCUAGCGACGAAGGAAGUGGCUUUCAUUAGUAGUGGUGGAGGUGGUGGUAGUGAGCACGCGGCACACUUCGCGCUUCUCUUUGUAAGUUCCCACAGUAUCACGCACCUCGGAAUGUAUGGACCGAUUUUCUUCGUUUCCAUUCUGGGAGCAUUUCGUGAAAUUGCCGCUGCCUCGCAACACAUUAACAAAGAUCUCACGAACCACUACAAUGCUCGUUUUCACGUUUACGAAGAACCGUACAGUAUCGACUUCACAUAUCAUAAUUACGAGCAAAUGAGUCGUUUUCUACGAACAACGUCUCUUCGAUUUCAAAACCUCACUGCCUUAUAUUCUAUAGGGAAAUCCGUAAAAGGUCGUGAUUUGUGGGUAAUGGUUGUUUCUUCCUCGCCUUACGAGCAUAUGAUCGGUAAGCCUGAUGUAAAAUAUGUGGCCAAUAUACAUGGGAACGAAGCUGUGGGCCGUGAAUUAAUGUUACAUCUGAUUUACUUCUUUGUGACAAAUUAUGGAUCAGAUCCGUAUAUUACGUGGCUUUUAGACAAUACCAGAAUUCACAUUCUUCCAUCAAUGAAUCCUGACGGUUUUGAGGUUUCAAAAGAAGGAUAUUGCGAAGGUGGUCAAGGCAGUCAACCAGAGACAGAAGCUGUAAAGGAAUGGGUCUCGAAAAUUCAAUUCGUUUUAUCUGGAAGUUUACACGGUGGUGCCUUAGUUGCAAGUUAUCCAUUCGAUAACACGCCUAACUCGCUGUUUCAGAGUUACACUUCGGCGCCAAGUAUUUCCCCAGAUGAUGAUGUAUUUCAACACUUAUCGUUGGUGUAUUCCCGAAACCAUGGAUCCAUGUAUCAAGGAUUGCCCUGUUCGCCAUCUCAGCCGGGAUUUAAAAACGGUAUCACUAACGGAGCACAAUGGUAUCCACUCACCGGUGGAAUGCAAGAUUUUAACUACGUGUGGAAUGGAUGUAUGGAAAUUACAUUAGAACUUUCGUGUUGCAAAUAUCCUCCCGCGUCUGACUUGAAAUUUUAUUGGGAGGAGAAUCGCGUGGCUCUCAUUAAAUUUUUAGCGGAAGCUCAUAGAGGAGUUCGUGGAUUUGUUAUCGAUGAAAAUGGAAAUCCCAUUGAGAGAGCAUCUAUCAAAGUGAAAUCACGGGAUGUUAGUUUUCUUACUACAAAAUAUGGUGAAUUUUGGAGAAUUUUACUGCCAGGAAUGUACAAAUUAGAGAGACAUCCAAUUGAGGAUGAAACUGGAUCCAAUUUUUAUAAUGGAAACAGGGACCAUAUUAAUCGAGAUCAUGUAAUACAUUUUCGACCACAUUCUGGAACCAAUACUGCAUCCGAAGCAAAUAGCGGAAUUUUUUCAUCCCUUAGUAACGGAUUCAAUUCUUUCGUGAAUAAUUGGUUUGGGUGAUUAAUUAUAAGUUAGCGGAAACCUAAUUUUUUAAUAUUCUUGCUUUACGUUGGUCUCAUAAUAAUCAACAGAAAUGAAACGAUGUUGAAAAUAUUUAUCAUUAGUUAUUAUAUUAUUCUGUUAUUCUGUUCUGAAUGAAGAUAUAAUGGUUUAUUAAAACAGAUAUCAUUGAUAAAAAUGAUACUGAGAACUAUUUUCAAACAACAAAGAAAUUUUCUUUGUUAUUUGAAGAAGUUUGAAUCAAAUGUGAAGACCUCAAAUUUAAAUGUAUAUAAUUUGAUAUGUAAAUAUUAUAAUUCAUGCAAAUUAAUGAAUAUUAUUUAUAUUUUUUAAUUUUACAUAUCUCUAUAAUUUCAAUAUAAUUUAUUUUUAUAUAUAUAUAUAUAUGUUUAAACUGCUUAUUUAUAUUAUUUAAAAGUUAUCAAUGUAUUAGUCAUCUUUAUUUUUAUUUUUAUACACGAUUUAAAAUAUUUAUUAGUCCUAGAAAAAAUACUUAUUAUAUUAUGUUAAGCAUUUAAGAAUUAUUUUACACCGAUUCUGUAAACGAACAAAAUUAUUUCAAAACAACGCAAAUAUUUGUCACACUUUAUUUCUAGAUAUUUCUUCCUGUUCAACAUUUUGUUUUUAAUUCUCUUCUAACGAAUAGAAUUCUAAUCUGUUAACUAAAUGAACUUUAAAACUUUAUAAAUUAAAUUAAUUAAAAAAUAACUCGAAGAAAAAUUAAUUGUUUUAUACAUCAAUUAAAUGUUUCAUUUAAACUUAACGCUCACAAUAUAAAAUGUAAGAAGUACGUAAGUACAUAAUUUGUUUCAUAUCAAUUAAUUGUCUAUAUAAUAAUCUAAAAAUUUCACGAAAUGGUAUGAUGUACAAGGAAUAGAAUUUUUUGUGCAUAUUCGUAAUAAAUGUAAAUUUAUGUUAUUUAUUUUUUAAUAACAAAGACUAUUUAAUGAUAUAGAUUAA